ACUUAUUUCGAAAUUUGUUGCUCUUCACAUCGCUCACAGAACAUGAGUAAUAUUAGACAACAACCUUGGAUAAUUCAUCACACAAGCGGUAUAAAAAGGGGCGAGUUUGAUUGGAUACAAUAGUUGACUUUUUCGAUUAAACAGUGACAUCAAGCGUUCUUACCCAGCCUUCAGAUACCUGAACAUCUUGCAGACCUGUCAUCCGAAGCAGAAGCAAGUCCAAAAUGAUCCGAGAGCAUGGAACAACCAAAGCCACCGUCUGCCUUGUUGUGCUUCUAGUCCUCUGGGUCACCAUGGCAACAGGAAAAAUUCUUACGUUAGAAAAACCAUGUCUUAGAGAAGGAGGUAUAUGUGUAGAACCUGGAACAUGUGACGAAAUUGCUCCUGGAUCUGACCUGUGCCCGGAAUCUAAAGGUGUUUGUUGUCACGGCGUUCCUACCGACGAGAACGACUGCAAAGGAUUAGGUGCCGUGUGUACACCUAAAUCAGACUGUAUGAAACAGUUUAGCAUUGGUCAGCGAAACUGCGGUAAAGAAGAGUUAUGCUGUUAUCUUCCUUGAUGUUCCACUUUCCAACUGAAACAUGCAGUUUGUCUGCACUUCACGAAUUGCAUUUCAAAGUUUCAAAUUGCUAUUUUGUGUUUCAUGUUAAACAAACAGUAAAAAAAUAUAACAAUUAU